CCUGGCAUGGUCAACCAGCUGCUAGCGGAGCACCAUGGCGUCCCUCCUGCUAGCAACAGUGUUGUCCUUCGGUUUCAUCCUCAUCUCCACGUACGCCUUCCAGCUGAUCGCCGCCGCUCGCCGCAACCUCCCCCCUGGCCCCUUGCCGCUGCCGGUCGUCGGCAACCUCCUCACCAUCGGACGGGGCAGCCCUCAGCGCUCCCUAGCUCGCCUCGCCGAGCGCUACGGCCCCAUGAUGUCCCUCCGGCUCGGUGUCGUCCCGGCGGUCGUGGUCUCCUCGGCGGACGCCGCGCGCGAGGUCCUCCAGAGGCACAACGCUUGCCUGGCGGACCGCCCCAUGAUCGACGCCUGGCAGGCCAACGGGCACCGCGCCAACUCCGUCAUCGCGCUCCCGCCGCACGCCAAGUGGCGCGCCAUGCGGCGGCUCUGCGCGGCGGAGCUGUUCGCGCCGGGCCGGCUGGAGGGGCUCCGGCCGCUGCGGCAGCACAAGGUGCGGGAGCUGCUCUGCCACGUCUCCGGCAAGGCGGCGCUCGGCGAGCCCUUCGCCGUCCGCGAGUCGGUGUUCACCGCGGCCAUGAACAUCCUGUCGCGGACGAUGUUCUCCGUCGACCUCGACUCCGGCCCGGCGUCGUCGUCGUCAUCACUCGGUCGUGGCCUCUGCGAUGCCGUCAAGGAGGCCACGAUCCUGGCGGCGACGCCCAACGUGUCGGACUUCUACCCGGCGAUCGCGGCGGCCGACCUGCAGGGUCUUCGGCGCAGGAUGGGGCCGCUCGUCACAGAUGCCCACAAGAUAUUGGACGAGCUGUUUGCGCAGCGGCUGCUCGACCGGGAAGCUUGUGAGCCACCCAAGAAUGAUAUGCUAGACGCGGUGCUUGACAAGGAACAGGAAGAGCAGCAGGAGGGCUCUGAGAUCAAUCGCUCAACAAUCAAAGGAUUGUUUACGGACAUGUUUGUUGCGGGAUCAGAUACAAGCUCAACUGCAAUCGAGUGGGCCAUGGCCGCUUUACUGAACAACCCUCAAGUGAUGGAGAAGGUGAAGGGGGAGCUCAAGAGAGUUCUUGGCAAGAAAACAGAAGUUGAGGAAUCUGACAUUGCCCAGCUUCCAUACCUUCAAGCCGUCGUGAAAGAAGUGCUUCGACUCUAUCCUCCGGUCCCGAUGUCAUUCUAUCGCGCAGAGACCACGGUAGAAGUGCAAGGGUACACCAUUCCUCAAGGAACCACCAUCAUGCUCAACCUGUGGGCAGUUCAUCGGAAUGCUGACGCGUGGACAGAUCCUGAAAAAUUUAUGCCCGAAAGGUUCAUGGAUGGAGACAUCGACUUCUCGAGCAAGGAGUGCAAGCUGAUCCCAUUUGGUGGUGGCCGCCGCAUCUGUCUUGGGUUGCCGCUGGCAUAUAGGACGGUUCAUUUGAUUCUUGCGUCACUGCUGCAUGAAUUCGAUUGGGUACUUCCUGAAGACGCCAUGGGAAGUGGUGUUGACAUGACCGAAAAAUUUGGAAUUGUGAUUUCUAUGGCUACUCCAUUAAAGGUGAUCGCAAAGAAGCGUGACCUGUAGAUGCAUCUUGCAUCUUGUAGUAAUAUAAUGAAAACUGCUAUGGAUCUAUCACUAUGAGUUGUGGUUGAACAGAAAUUAUAUUUGAGAGGUAGAUUGAAAUAAGGGAGUUGCUAUAUUUUAGGACUAUGAAAUAUGUGACAUAAAAGUACUUGUAGAUAGAAGUCGUGACUGCAGCAGUGAUGCUGACCACUUUUUAAGAAGCGUGACCUGUAAAUGUGCCUUGCAGUAAUCAAGCUGCUGGAUCACCAUGAGUGUGGUUCAACAGAAGGUAGUAGAUUGAAAGAAGGGAGUUGCUAUACUGUAAAACUAUAAUAUGAAAUAUGUUUUAUAAAAGUAGUUAUAAGCCUUUUUGUCCUC